AAUGACUUUCAGAACUACAGAGAGGUUCAUAAGCAACACAAAUCUACAGCUGACCAUAUCAGACUACUUCUUCUAUUUUUGAAGCGAUGUGUCUUAAAACUGUUGUCUGUUCAGGAAUUUUCCUGUUGUAUUUGAUGACUACCAUCACGACUGCACUGCUUUUAACAGGGUCCAAAGAAACAGUGCAGUACCACUUCAUCAAUGAAUCCCUGACCUGGUAUGAGGCUCAGAGCUUCUGCAGAUUGAAGUACUCUGACCUGGCCACCAUAAAUAACAUGUAUGAAGAAAACCACCUGGUCAGUACACUGGACAGUCACGCGACUGCCACAUGGAUCGGACUUUACAACGGACAGUACAACAGGUGGCUGUGGUCUGAUGGCAGCGGCAGAGCAGACUUCACCAAAUGGAGCCUUAAUCAACCAGACAACUAUGGCGGCAUUGAGUCAUGUGGCGAGAUGUAUGCUGAUGGCUUCUGGAAUGACGUGCCAUGUGGUGUAACCAAAGCUUAUGUGUGUUAUGAAAGUCAGCAGGAUGGCAGCAAGAAGUAUGUGUAUUACUUACAGGGAGAAACCUGGCCAAGCAGUCAGGAUAUCUGCAGACAGAAGCACACUGAUCUGGCAUGUGUGCAUUCAGAAGAGGAAAAUUUAGCGAUUAAUGCACUAACCUACAGGGUGUGGAUGGGUCUGUUUAAAGAUUCCUGGGUCUGGUCAGAUGGAACAAAGACCUCCUUCAGGUACUGGAAAAGAGGCGGAAGUUAUAGUGGAAACUGUGUUUCUGUGGAAGGAUCACAGACGGGACGCUGGAUACCAGCUGACUGUAACCAGAAAGCAACAUUCAUGUGUCAAGGAGAUGUCAAACUAAAGAAGAUGGUCAUAAGGAUAAAGGUGCAGUCUGAUGUGGAUCUCACUGACCUCACUGCUUGCAACUUACUCCUGCAGAAGUUGGAGACAAUCCUAAGAGAUCGAAAGGUGGCUGAUUUCAGUCUUAAGUGGCAAGAUGACAAAUAUGUCUUUCAACGCUAGCUAAAAACCACAGAGAAGACAGGAUGCUGACCGCAGAAGUGUCCGUUCUGCAAAAUUAUUGGUUUGUGGUGGAAAUUGAUUAUUUAAAGAUUGUAUCUUGCCUCAGGAAGUUUAUCAUAACAGGUAAUGGAUAUAUAACUGAACCUAAGUCAGUACUUGGACAAUGGAUCUCAUCUCUUUUAGCCCGUAAGUUGUGUAGUCAUAAAAACUUAACUAUAGCUGGAAAGUAGUGCUUCUAAAAUAUAUUAUCUAAUGUAAUAACAUGAACUUAAAUCCAAAUGCUAAUAAUAGAUGCAAAUAAUGUUUGAAGCUUUAAAAAAUGUGUCUAGUAAUUGUUUGAUCAAUGCCGUCUAAGUGCUUUAUUUUUUCAAAGACUUUAAAAAAAAAUGCAUGAUGAUUUGA